AUGGCCGCGGACCCAGCUGCACAGCGUGCAUAUCUUCAGGCUAAUGUGGAUGCAGACUUUGUGUUCCUUCUUGAGGAACAUGGGGUCGAUCUGGCACUUCAGUUUGCUAUCGGUCAACAUUACAAGAGCAUUCGCACUUUUGCUGCUUUCGCCGAUGAUCGUGGUGCAGCACGUACUGCGAUUACAGCCGAUUUCGCUAUCAGGCCUGAGAGCGCUGCGGAUCGAGCUAGGAUGGCAUGCAUCAUCACUGCUUGGGAAGCUUCCAAGAUGAUUCGCGAGGAGGAGGCUAAGCUCCGUGCUGAGGCUAAGGUUUUGGGUGUUCAGAAGCCACUCGCCUCUUCGGAUCGCGCGGCCAUGCGGGUCGCCCUGGAAGCUGUUCGAGGCUACACCGUGCCGGAGUCCGAGGAGCCGGGCCGGCUCCGGGUCAUGCGACAGAAGCCAAAGGGUCGCCUUCCGCAGAAUACGGAGGAACUGCGGGCGAAGCUUCGCCUCGAGGCCUCCACUUGGGUCAUGCUCUCAGCCAAGUGUCGCGGUCGUGCAUAUUUGCAGGGGCUGCAGCUGUCACACUUUGAUCGUUUCCUUGAGUUCCUGUUGGGUGACAAGUGUUACAGCAUGCAAGUGGCUUCCACUGCUCCCGCAAGCUCUUCUCAUGCGGAGAAACAGGCACUGUCGGUGCCUUGGAAUGUCUUGCUUCAGUACGAGUUUGAGCUUCGUAAGUGGGCUAUCAAGGAGGCCCAUCGCGACGGUACCCCGCUCGGUGACAAGUUGUAUGAGGCCACUCGGAAUACCGAGCUCAAGGAGCUCCACUUCACCUCUCAGGUCGCCUUGUCAAAACGUUCGGCCGCUCAUGAUCCUCCCCCUCCAAAGUGGCCUCGCAAGGGCAAGGACGGCAAAGGGGAAAAAGGCGGCAAGGACGGCAAGGGUGGCAAGGACGGCAAAGGUGGCAAGUCCACUGGCAAGAUUCAGGUCGGGGAGUCCUGGUACGAGUUGGCGGCCAAGACUCCGGAUGGUCGCGAGCUUUGUUAUGCCUACAAUAUCAAGCGUGGAUGUCAGGUCAAGGGAUGCCAACGCGUCCACGCGUGUCGCGUGAAGGGCUGCCAGGGCAACCAUCCGGCAUAUCAACACGGUCCGUCUCGCAAAUCGGAUGUUCGUGGCUCCCUGGAGGCGCUUUGCAAGGCACAGAGUAUCACUUUGGUAAUGUCAGAAAUUGACAUCUGCCGCGAUCCCAAGCUAGACCUUUUGGAUCCUGCCAUCGCCGAUCGAUGUUUGCAGGAGGUUAAGAAUUCUGAGUGGGAUGUGGUGUUGGUGACCCCACCCUGUGGGACCUUUUCGCGGGCUCGGUGUGUACAGCCGGGUUCUCGGCCACUGCGAUCACGUCUUUAUCCUCGGGGCUUUCCUUGGCUGUCCGAUUCUCACCGAGCUCUUGUUGAACAUGGCAACCAGCUUGUUUCUUUUGCCUUUGACAUCUGCACAAAUGCGCUUUCGAAUUCAGUACCUUUUCUACUUGAGCAUCCUGAAGAUUUGGGACUCACUUCCAACGGUCAUGCUCCGGCUUCCAUUUGGCAGCUACCGGAGGCCGUUGCUCUCUUCAAGCAUGAGAAUGUCAUCACUUUCGCAGUAUACCAAUGCCAAUAUGGGGCGUUUUCGCCCAAGCCUACACGUUUUCUGUCUUCUAUUCCGGUUACUUCUCGAAUGCCCUUCACUGGGCCGCCUCGGUUUGACGCUUCAGAUCGAUACCUCGGCCCUUUACCGAAGUACUGUGGUCAUCGGCAUCAGCAAAAACUGCUCGGGCCUUCCGCUACUUCCGCGGCCGCAGCUUACCCGGACGAUUUGUGCAGAACCAUUGCUGAAUGGUGUUUCUCCGUCUUCGAUGGGGGUGGAACACUGGCUGCAUUGGCUCCUACACUGGUGCUGGGACCGGGUUUUCAGUUUCCAGCGAGGGAAGUGGAGGCUGGCUCGGGCGCUUCCCCUGCGGAGCGACUUGCUGCAGAAUGCUUGAGGAGUGGGACAAUUUCGCACGGGCAACUUCUGCGCAUCUCUGAAUUGCUGCCGGAUGAAGACAGAGUUCGACAGACUUCUAGGGUGAUCGAAGGUCAGCGAUCUUUCACUGCAGGAGCCUUUGUUCACUCUGACAAGGUUGGCAUCAGGCGCAACACGAGGAGCUUUCCUUUGUCUUCAGAGCUUUUGGCCAAGCUGCUCUCGUGUGGCUUCCCUGGCCGACCCUUUACUUCUUUAGCAUUCUUUCGUGAUCUUAAGCAACCGCCGCAUCGGGACACCACGAACGGACCUUUUGACAAUCUGCUUUUGGCCUGUUCAGGGUUUUCGGGGGGCGGUCUUUGGGUUCAGUCGGAGGGCGGCUCGGUCCGUCGUUUCAUAAGUGGUUCGUGGCUGUCGGGUCAUAUCCUGGACUGGGACGGCGGCAAGAUUACCUUCGAUCCACAUGUCUGGCAUUCCACGGAGGACUGGGAAGGUUGUCGCUUGGUCCUGGCCGGGUACACCAUUGCGAACGAUGGGCAGCUCGCUGAAUCGGACCGGGAUGCUUUACUUGACUUGGGAUUCGACCUGCCAGGAAAGCGAAAGCGGGACCACUGCGAGACCACGACCGCAGGGGAUGCUGGCGACGAUGGGAAGGAGAUUGAGGACCUACCUUAUAGUGAGCUGAAGUCUGGCUGUGAGGGACCGCCCUUGGUGGGCGAGUUCGCAGGGGCGACUGACGAGUUUGUGGACGGCUUCGGUAGAUGCUCGCCGGGGCGUUGGAAACCUAUCUGCCGGGGGCGCCACAUGUCUCCUGCCGCCACUUCCUUUGCACAACAGCUUAAGGAUCGUGUCCGAAAGUUUGUUCUUGAAAACGUGCCUGAUCUGGCAAAAGCGACUUUUCGUCUGGCGACGGGGCAUUGGAAUGGUCCCUUGUUCGCUCCGGAGGCAAUGGACAAACUUCGCGAGGACUGGUUCUGCAUGCUGCCGGAUCCUGCACGAGCAAGGGAGCUGAUUCCUCAUCAGCCAUUCUACUUGCGGGCAAUGGCACAGACCCUAAAAAUCUUGGAGGAUCCCGACUACCGCAUCAUCGAGGAGGGCAAGUUCUGCUUCGUGAAUGGUGUGGAGGUCGGACACACUGCGCCAUUGGGGCCGGUCCCUCAAGUCUUCAGAGCUCGUCGAAAGGAUCAGAAAUACGAUGAGUCCGACUGGCAACCGCUGAUGGAUAAUUAUCGGGACGGCCCUGAGGUUGCAAAAUCGCUUGAGGAAGCAUUUGCAAAAGAAGAGGCAGAAGGCCGUAUGUUCCCACUUUCUCUUUCAGAGGCCCGGGCCCGCUAUCCGGGGGCGGCACUUCGUAUUGCAGCGCAGGCAGUGAUUCCGAAACCUGACCAAGAUUUUCGUGUGGUCCAUGAUGGGACCCACGGGGUCCACGUUAACAAUGAGAUUGUUAUGCUGGACCGUCUUGAAUCGCCAGGGGCUAGGGAAGUGUCCGCGAUCCAAAAGCUGGGCAGCGUGUCUGAUGAGAAAGUCCUCUUCGGGCUCGUGGGCGACGUGAAAAAGGCGCACAGACGAUACUUGCACCAUCCCGACCAUUGGGGGGUGCUCUCCUGCAGAACGAGGAGCGAUUCCUCUGUGGUCUGGGUCAAUCGCACCGGGACUUUCGGAAUUGCUUCAGCGGCUUAUUGGUUUGCGCGGAUCAUCGGUCUCGUGGGCAGGCUUUCCCUCAGAGUUCUUCUUCAGUCAUUCCUCUUCAUGCUCAUUUAUGCCGAUGAUCUACACGUGCUCAGUGGGGGACCCGAUCGCUGGCUCAAUCUCUGGAUGUCCCUUGCGCUACUAUGCCUUCAGGGGACCCCCUUUUCAGAACGAAAGUGGCGCGGGGGACUGCAACUUGAUUGGGUCGGUUAUUGGAUUGAUUAUGGACGCUUCAAGCUUGGAAUAUCUGAAAGGAGGUGCCAUUGGAUCAUCAGUGGCAUCGAAUCCAUGGAGGGAAACGGCUGGCUUGUGGAUGUCCGACGAUUUCAUGAGCUUCACGGGAGACUCGGUUUCAUGUCCCAGGUCUUAGUUUGGAUUAGGCCCUUCUUGGCUCCUGGUUACGCUUGGCUGGCUGCUGUGAGGAAGGGGGCUGUGCUCGCGCUUCCCAAUCUUAUCCGUUGUGUCUUGAGGUUUAUCGCUGACCGCUUGAGGCACGGUGCUCGUACUUACGAAUCGGGCCGUCUUGAGAAGGACUGUGGGGAGCUUUUCCGCACGGAUGCCGCUUGCAAUGAUUCUUCGGUUGUCUUGGGCGGAUGGUUUUUGCACAAAGGGCCGGAGCCAAAGAAGGCCCCAUGGUUUCAGAUCACUUUGAGCAGGGACGACGCUCCUUGGUUGUUCAAGAAGGAUUCGGGCAGUUCGUGGGCGAGCACUUCGGCUGAGGUUCUUGCUUCGCUUGCGGCGCUACACUUGUUGAGACGUGACUUCAAGGAUCUUUGGUCAGUUCCUGGACACUUCCGUGCUUGCUUCUGUGGCGGGACUGAUAAUAAAUCUGCCGAGGCGCUGUCUUGCAAGCUGCUCACGACUCGAGUGCCUCUCAUGUUUGUGGUGAUGGAGUUCGUCACCUUUUGUGACGCUCUGGGUUUCAGAUGCAACCUCAGCUGGAGACCCAGGGACUCCAAUCAGGAGGCGGACCGCAUCACCAAACAUGUUUUCGAGGACUUCGAUGAAAACUUGAGACUGCCUUUCAGCUGGUCAGAUAUGACCUUAUCAGUUCUGCCGUCUCUCUUGAGAUUCGCGAGCUUUCAGUCUGAACUUGAUUCCAUCAAGGCCUCGAUUGCGGAUGAUGGAACAACCUCAGCUCCUCGAAUAAGGUUCGAGAAAAGUCAGUGGGGAUGA